AUGGCAUUAACCGUAUACGACGCCUGCACGGAGAGGCAAAAACCCACCAAAAUCCUCAUUAUUAACGACUUUGCCACCCCUUCUUCCUCCUCUUCUCCUUUCUUAAACCUCUCCGCGACUUUCCGAGAUAACAUCAGAUUGUUUCUCCGUGACUACGCCGAGAAAGAAGAUUACACCGUCGAUGGCAACGCCGUCUCCUGUCUUUUCCUUGCCAGCGAAGCUACCGGCGUCGUUUUCCCUCUUUUCAUCAUCGAAGAACAAAUCUCCGACGAUUCAUCUUCUAAUCCUCUCUGCGAUUUCUGUAGAUGCGUUGGUUGGGGUCAUCAUUAUGUAUCAAAGAGAAGAUAUCAUUUGAUAAUCUCGAAGAGUAAUGAAUGGAAGAAGCCAUUAACGAAACGUAGCUUGAAGGUUACUUCUCAUUUGAUGCAUGGUGUGAUUCACUGUAAUGGCUUUGGUCACUUGCUCUGCAUCAACGGUGGUGAUCAUGUCUCUAAUAACUAUCUCUCUGGUGGUCAAAUCAUGGACUUUUGGGACCGUCUUUGCUCCACUCUUCACACAAGGAAGAUUUCAUUGGAAGAUAUAUCGAGGAAGGGAUCGAUGGAUCUGAGGCUGCUCCAUGGUGUUGCAUAUGGUCGACCAUGGUUUGGAAAAUGGGGUUAUAUCUUCUCUCAUGGAAGCUUUGGGGUCACAGAAGAACAAUAUACUCGAGCUAUUCAUAUUCUUAGCUCUAUAGAAGUUGACAAGAUAAUGGAAGAUUUCGCUGGAACAAAAAAAGAGAAAGUGAUGAAGAUUAUGAUCGGUUUUUACAGAGAAUCCAGCGAAACCCCGUUGGUCACUCUCUCUGAUUUGCUUCGGUUCAUGCUUGCUUUCAGUUCCAAAACUCCCGUUGAGAAAAAGACUGCAUUGGCACUAGUAGCAAUGUCUUUAGAUUCUGUUUCAAGUCCAAGUUUUGGAGACGAUGAGGACACUGAGGAAAGCCCUUUUUACUCAUCCCCUGAUCAGGAGUUAGAUAGUAACGAGAAUGAUUCUGCCGCAGACAAUGUCCUAAGUGAUGAUGAUAUUCCAAUCGCUGACAUAAAACCCCCUGUGUAUGACUCGUUUGAUGCUUUGGCCAAGGGAGAAUACUCAAGAUAUCCAGGAAGGAGGUUGAAUGAGGCAGCACAAGCGGUUCUCAAAGUAUUUGGAGAGCGAAAAAGCAUCAUUACUCGCCAAGAGCUUCGUGAUGCUGUUAGAAAUAGCAUUGGUGAUACAGGGUUGAUUGAUUUCUUGCUCAAACACAUUGACAAAGUUCUGAUAGGUGACCAAAUAGUUCAGAGGUUCACAAACCCGGAAUCACGGAUGUUACAGUUCUCCCUCCGGAAAAUCAAUGCCCGUGGUGGUCUAGAUCAAGAUGCGAAAAAGAGAAAGAAAACGAAACCGCGUGAUGCCAAUGAACGGACAUCUACCACUCCUGGACUGGAUCCGUAUGAAGACAUUUUCUAUCUGUAUAAGAAUCUCUUGUUAACUUAUCCAGAUUCAGACAUAUACAGCGAUGCCUCUGAGGAUAUCUUGAACUGCAAGAGCUUUGUGAAAGAAUGGCCUUUACCGUCUUACCAGGAACAGAACAGUUUGACAGUAAGCUGCCAGGUUUUGCCCAAUCAUCAAGAACUACUCAGAGACUUCACCAGGCAAUUACCUCCUGGAGAACUCGUGAUUGUUCCUAAAAACGCAACGAUCAGAGAGCUUAAAUCUGCGGCAGAGAAAGCUCUGAGGGAUACUUACUGCAUAAUGGAGAGAUUUGAAGUGUGGGAGAUCAAAAGCAAAGAACUUGAGAAGAUGGAUGAGACUUCUUGUCUGAAAACAGAAGGUGAUAAGAGUAAGACAGAGUUUCUGGUGACAGGGUUUGGUCUGGAUACAGGGACUGAGCUAAGGUACGAAGCUGGUUUCGAUGACUGGAUUGUUAACUGCAAAUGCGGAGCCAGAGAUGAUGACGGUGAAAGAAUGGUGGCUUGUGAUGCUUGCAAGGUUUGGCACCACACAAAGUGCAAUUCCAUAGAAGACGAUGAAGCUGUGCCUUCGGUGUUUCUCUGUAACAGGUGUUUUGGAGAUCGCAUGAGAUCCAAGAAACGCAGUCUCGCCGUUCGUUAA